AUGCGUAUCAUGGUGUGUCCAGAAGAGGAGAGCAUUCUGAUGUCGUCAAUGGUGGAGACACUGGCUAGACUCCACGGACAGACAAUGACUGAGAGAUCAGAGUACGACUUUGAUGCUCUGCGACUGGACUGGUUUAGGCUCCAGACACUCACCUCUGUCAACAAGGCUCCUCUCAGGAGUGACAUUGUGCUGGGGAACCUGGUGUCCAUAUGUCAGUCCAUCAGCAGUUUCCCCAUACUAUCAGCCUGGGACCACACCUUUGUCCCUCGCGAGUACCUCGUAGCCCAUCUCGAGGACCUGUUCAUGAAGCGUGUGUUUGCUAUGAUGCGCUACAACAUGGAAACUCACGACAUCGCCCGGCCCUCGGAGGUCCUGGCCCGGAUCCAGUCCUACAUGUCCGCACUCCGUACCCUGGAGCUCUAUGUGACCAUUGACAUGACCCGGGUCCUCACAGCCGUCCUCCUACAGGAGACACAGAUGCUGGAUAGCAAGGGAGAGGCCACCCUCGCUUCCACUUACACUGCCUGGUAUACCAACACUCUACUAAAGAGGGUAGCAGUUGGAGGAGUAUGCUACAGUGUCAGUAGAAAAUGCUUCGUAUCCAAAGCAAUAAUGCCCUUCAAAGCAGAGGAGUAUACUGACAUCACCGGUGAGUAUACUAACAUCAGGGUUUAGUAUACUUAGAGUAUAUCAAGUUUAUAAUACUAAGUAUACUAGAACA